AUGUCAAUCUCUAGCGCACUACUUCUCCAGAUACCAACUCUGCUAAACCAACUAACACAACAUUGCGAAAGACAUGACUCGAGACUAUCUGUAAAUGUGAAGCCAUUUAAAGGUCUGGUAAUCGACCGUAGAGUGGAUGCGGCCAUCGAUGAGAUACUGGAGCUGACGCUCAACCGAUUCGUGAAUCAAUAUUUAGAAGACUUUGCUCGAGACUAUCUAGUGGAUGCGGCCAUCGAUGAGAUACUGGAGCUGACGCUCAACCGAUUCGUGAAUCAAUAUUUAGAAGACUUUGCGAUCAAUACAAACAAAUUGGACCACGAGUUGAGACAUAUUCUGCGGACACUUCUCUCGGCACUGAUCCGGAGGGCAAUGGAUGUGAACAUAACUGACUUCCUGUUGGAACAGUUGCCCAAAGUAUUGACCCAUCAUUUGGAGACAUAUGUCGCCGGCAAACGACACUCGAAAACUGCUCAAUACGUCGAGGAAUCCGUUCUCAGAGAAUACGGACAUCUCAUUCAUCCGGCGAUGAACGGCAGGGAAGAAGAGAUAAAGUACUUGACAUCAGUUGUGGAGAGAGUAUUACCGCAUAUAUUGCCGCCGAAGUACAUGAACUGCAAACUCGUCGACUGUUUCUUCAAGCAAUUGAUGGCCUGUUCUGUUCUGUUGCCUCUGAUGGACAUCAGCGGAGAUCCCGACAAAAUAAACGCACUUCUUGUGGUACUGUUGGAUGAAAAGACACUUUCGGUGAAUGAGAAUCAGAAUAACAGCGAAAAUAUGGUGGAAAUUCUGGACACAUUUGUGGCCAACAAAGGCAGUCAUACGAGAGACUCAAACAGUUUGAAAAUGGGAAGCAAUGAAGAAUUAAAGUAUCAAGAUAAUAAUAUGAUGGCCGUUUCGUUGAGGCACUUACUGUCUGACCACCAGUUGUUGUUUCUGUUCCAACAGUUCUCUAAAGACGAGGGGUUUAUAAAUUUGGUUCAAUUUGUUCUUCACAUCAAUUCUUUCAGUCAACGGAUCCUAAACCCAGACUUAACCGAAGAGCAGCUCAAAGACCUUCACUUCGAAGUGAUUAAUAUUUUCAAUUCCUAUUUUCUUCCCAAUAGUAUUGAUUACAUUAAGUUCAAUGAAGACGUCUUCAAUGGAUUCAAGUCAGUAGUCGAGGGAAAUCCAAAAGAUGUCGAGCGCCUCCGAACCACUGAACCCCUGUAUGACGCCAUUGACUACAUCUCCAAUCUCUUGGAAACACAAUACUGUCCGCUAUUUCUUGAAAGUGAUCUCUAUUUUAAACUGAUAUGCGGUCAGCGAUGGACUAGUUUUGAAGGCAUGAGUCCAACUAAAUCCAAACCCACUGCCAAAACAUUGAACUCACAUUCCGGGAGUUGUGAAUCCAUUUCAUUGAACUGUCGUUUAGAUGGAAGUCAAGAGUCUUUGGAUGACGUCUUCAAUCAUUUAUCACAAGACUGUGAAAAGUCUUCACAGAAUGGAAACGAAUUAAAUAAUUGGACAGAAUUUGCAAGCAUUGAUCGCAUGAAAGACUUAAGCUCUUGGAGAGUAUCCAUACCUCGAGUGGAAUCUCGAAUCGAUGCAACAAAUGGCAGAGAAUAUGACUAUUUUGUGAUUAGUGUCCAAAGGCUUGAUGUGCACGAGGAGGAGGUGGACAUGAGUUGGACGGUUGAGCGCCGGUAUAACGAGUUUUAUGUUCUCGAGUCUAAACUGAAGGAAUUUCACGGACAGAAUCUCAAUGAAAUCUGUUUACCACCGAAGAGAUCGUUCAUUAAACUGAGUAAACCUUUUAUGGAGUCGCGUCGACCGGAAAUGGAGAGAUUUGUUCAGCAAUUGUUGUCCAGCGCUCACCUCAAAGGCAGUGAACUUGUAUUCAAUUUUCUCAGAUCUCCAGAAGAGUUUACCACUGGAUUCCUACCAGACAUCAGAUUAGGAAAAAUGAUUAAAACUGUUCCGGCUAAGUUCUCCAAAGAAAGGGGUCAACACUUGGAACCAUUCCUCCUUUCAUUCAUUGCAUCCACAGAACAGAUGAAACCAAAGCCAACGAAGAAUGAAAUGUCAGAGCUUUUGGAGUAUUCUCCGCACGAGUUCGCGAUGGCUAACCUCCACAGACCUCUCUAUGCAAAUAUGGGUCAAUGGAGAGAAUCCAACGAUAACUUGAAGUCAGAAACCGAUGCAAAAAGAGUUUACUCUCAGUUGGACUUCCGAAAGCUGAAGAAUUCGUUACUGGUUUCCGAGCGAAUGGUAGAAUUGAUUCAUAUGUUAAGAGACUCUCUAUAUUUCGAAAAUGAUUUACCGCUUCGGACGUGUCUGCAGAAGAAACAGAGAUCUAUGUUAGCGCUGAAGUACGCGCAGGAGUUUGUGCCCCAAUGGCUGGUCAACCAUGUGUUGGGCAAAGAGAAACACCAACAAGUGGUCUAUUUGUUGUUCUCUAUCUUCCAAUACCCGCUUCUUAACAAACAGCUAUUAUAUCUGAUUUUCGAUAUCAUUUUAGACUUGUGGUCACCGGCCGUUUAUCCGGUCUAUCGGGAAGUCUAUUGUUAUGCAAACGGAACUGAAUUAGCCCUUCAGCUCAUCCCUAUUUAG